UUUACAGUAUAUUUUCAUGGAUAGGUAGUGCUUUUUCCUUGGAUAUUUUUUCCUCGGUUAUUUCCACCGAAUAUCGGACUUUGAAAACCGCGGUUUGUUAUUGCAGCGUCUUACCAAACAUAUUCUUAAACAUUUUUUUGCAUAGUAUUACCGCGACAUCGUGCCAUAUACGAUCGCGAACGACGGCAUGUACGGCUUUUCAAAGGUCCUGCUGAGGGUGUGGCAAUGCAUGUUAAUCGCACCGGUGACACUGCGGCGGAAACCGGCCAGCGGUGACGCAAAACCCCAAUCACACUAUGCGUUCCGUGUCUGGUGGUACGUGUUCAACUUGGCCGUGUUGGCCGUGUGCCUGGCCAGCGGCGUGUGGACCGUAGCGGAGGACACGCGCGCGUCCACGGCCGGCCGGUCGGUGCGCAUACAGAACACGUCCUCGGCCAUCGUCACCUCGCUCCAGGUGACGCUCAUGUGCUUGGUGUGCACGCUGGCAGUCGCGUGCUCCGCGGACCGGCACCCUAUGCUGUUGGACAUCGAGCGGCACCUGAACCGCACGGACGCCGUGCUCCGGGUGUCCGCCGUCCAGUCGGUGGCCAGGUACACGCCGGUGCUGGUCACGUUCCACGCGGCCCUGUUCGUCGUUGACGGUUACUCGUGGUACACGCUCAGCCCUGCCACGUGGACGUACUGCGUGUGCUACGUGUACAUGUCCAUCGAUCUGGCCACCAUGCUCAUGUACGCACAGAUCGCUUGGAACAUCGGGCGCCGGUUCGAAGACAUCAACGCUGCGAUCGAGUACAAGCUCGUGGGCAUCCAGACGACGAUGUCCGAUCGCGGCAAUAACUGUCGGCCCUCGAAACCGGCGUGGAAGUUCGCCGGCCAUACCACGGUCGUCGUGUCUUCCAAUCCGUUGGCCUCGACCGACUGCCGAUACGAUCCAAAAAAUGUUUCAAUCGCAAAAUUACAAGAUCUGCACUGGAGUCUUUGUAAUAGUAUCAAAAUAGUCAAUGAUAAAUUUGGCUGGCAAUUAUUACUACAGUUGUUCUGCAAUUGUGUGCAACUAAUUGUGACUCCAUAUUUUAUGAUUAUAAAUUUAUUUUACCCGGUGAUUUAUGGUUCUACAGAUAUUAAAUUCAUUCUAAUCCAAGUUGUUUGGGUGUUGACCCAUUUGAGUCAUUUAUUAUUAAUCGUAUUGCCCACAUCGUAUGCUACUAGAAAAGGUGAAAAAACUGCCGAGAUCAUAUGUAAAUAUUUAACUAUUGAUAUUGAACCAGGUGAUAUGAAACAGUUGGAAAUAUUCGUUCUUCAAUUACAAAAGUAUGCGAUCGAUUUUUCAGCUUGUGGAAUUGUAAAUUUACAUCGAUCCACUAUUACAACGAUUAUCGGAACCGCACUCACUUAUUUGGUGAUCUUAAUUCAAUUCCAAAACUCCGACUAGAAAAAUCAAUAAAAAUACAAGUAGUGUAUAUUAGGUACUAUGUAAAUUGGUCACGAUCGGAUUCACGCACAGAUUACAAGAAUGAUGAAUUUAAAAUACCAUAACAUUUAGAGUAUUUUUAUUGGUAGUUUGGUCUUUAAAAAUUUCUCAAAAUUGCUUGAUGAUCACCUGAUUGAUACAUUUAUAAUGUAUAGUCAUUUAAAAAUUGAAAAUUAAGUUUUAAUAGCCAAUAUAUUUGGCCAUAUAUUUAUGUAGUGCCUAUACCCACGGCUGAGUCAUGUAUUAUCGUAAAUUUAAUAAAUAAAUAAAAUAAAAACCGAAGAAAUGACUAUGUGAGUAAUGAGUAUACGCAGGAUACCCUCAUGCACCACUCAUGACUAUCAUUAUAUUAAAUUUAUGUCUGAAUUAGAUUUAAUAAUAUAUAUUAUGAGUAUAUCAUUAUAGCAACAGACGUCCUAGUUGGUUCCGAUCAUGAGAUUUUUCCAUAACGUAUUACGUAGUUGUCAUGGUCGAGCGAUUCUGAUUUUCUGAAUCAAGGACGAAGGAGGUCGAAAUAUAACCUAUGUACAAAAUAUGUGAAAAAUAUUUUUAUGUGUCACGUUAAAAUCGAAUUUCAAAUUUGUUGUCAUCGCUUUGAAAAUAUCAAGAAUCACUGUCAAUG